CAAAUUUAAGAAACCCCACAUCUUAACCCCAGUUUGAUGUCCAAAAACAUUGAAACCAAUUUAUUCUUUUUUGUUCAAUUUUUAUUUGUCUCCUUUAUCACACCCACAUGACAUAAAUCUCUUUCGAUCCCCUGCUCCUCUCCCUUCACAAUGUAAAAUUACGGAACACAAAUAGAAAACAUAAAGCAGUUUUAAAGCAGAGAAAACAAAGCAAAAGACCGAAUAUUCAAUGUUUGGUUCCAUGCAAUGGCAAUUUCAGGGUCAGAUACUCAAAACCCACCGAGCCAAAUGACUGCUCCGAUUGAAAUUCACUGCGUUAAAUGCGAGUCCUGCGGCUUCACAGAGGAAUGCACCCCCGCUUAUAUCUUGCGUGUCCGAGAACGUUACCAGGGCCGUUGGAUUUGCGGGCUCUGCAUCGAGGCAGUCAAGGAUGAGGCUCUGAGAUCGGAUACGCUUAUCUCCACCGAGGAAGCACUGGACCGACACAUCAGCUUCUGCAAGAAGUUUAGGGCGUCGAGUCCUUCAGACGAAACAGAGCAUCCCAUCUCUGCCAUGGGCAGGAUUCUUCGUCGAAGUCUGGAUUCACCGCGAGCUCUUAGGUCUAAUUCAAGUAGCGUCUUGCCAGGAUUUGAAGGAGUCAAGUGUCCUCCUCUUCUUCGAUCUGAGAGUUGUUUCUCGGCUCUUUCUAGCUGAGUUAUUCUUCUCAAGUUUAAAGGUAAAUAUAUGAAAAAAAAAAAAAAAUGAAAGGAGGAAACAUAGGAACUCUGUUUCAAUAUCAGAUUGUUAUCUACACCACAUAUAUAGGGUCUUUAUUGCUCAAUUGUUUUGGCAUCUGAAUUCAGUGGACCUUCCAGUGUAUCUAGCAUAUAUCUCAUGAACUACUUCGGGUUUCAAAGUUUCUUAUAUUUAGCCUAUGUUCAUUUAAUUUUUUUUAAUGCAUUAUUGCUGAGCAUAAUCCAAGCAUGUUUUAAUGUCUCAAAGUAACUCAAGACCUCCUUAAUGUUUAAGAUUACUGUAGCUGAAGCUGAUAACAAUUAUAAUAGUGACAGUUUUCUUAGUAAUGAACAGUGGUUCGGUUCGGUUUGACUUGAUUUUGCAUAUUUAGGAGAAAAGAUUUAGUAGAAAGGAAUCUUACAGCAUGUGAGGUUUUAUGAAACUGGUAGUGUUUGUGCUGGUUUUUGAGUCAAAUUUCAGCUUGGCCAGCUGCGAAGAAUGGCUUAAAUGGAAGCGGUAAACAGAUAAAGAAAUUGUGGCAUAAAAGGCAAACACAAAAGGAAGAUGAUGACAGAAAAUGAAAUUGCAAGGAAAAUUCCAUGCGUUAGACUCAUCAUGAUAAUUUAUCCUCUUUCCUUUCCUUUUUUUUUUCUAUUUAUUUAGUAAUCGCAUCCUAUGACUUCAUCUGAGUCCUAGUACAAAUGUGGUCGCUGAUUGAACAGAUACUAGCAGUGUGCAAGAACUCUUUCUAGAUAGAACACAGAAGAUUCCAGACAUGCCCAGCCCUUUUUUUCUUUUUUUCGUGUUCCUUGGUUUGUUCUCUUAAAACAUUAUCAAAUCUGACCAAAAAAUAAAACGUGGGACAAAAUCCUUCAUGCCCAUUCCAUUUGUUUGAAAAUAUAUAUGAAGUUGCUUUUGAUACCUUGAUUGAAGGACGCAAGGAAACUUGGGAACCUAUGAAGCAAUCCGUUCAAGGUAAGAUUCUUUCGUGGGUUUAUA